UGGUGGCUUUUUAAAGGCGCACGAAUCAUGUGUCGCGAAGCAGAUUCAGCCUGAAGUUGACAGGGCUAAGACGGCCGAUUUUGUUGAUGGACAUACUGUGUACUGGGAAGUCGACUGCGGAGUAGCGUCCGAUGUGCUUGAACGACGUCUUUCAGGUCCUCGCCCACGGGGAACUUGUGGAGGAGCUAACUAGCACAUGCAGGAAUACGACGUAACCCAGGGUCCGGGGAACAGGGCCUGGACCAAGCGAAGUUCGGCCCUCGUCACCUGCUGCCGGGACGCCAGAAUGGCUUUAGUGUAGAUAUAAGUACGCCGGCCGUGGCGAUGAGAGCUCGGAACAACCUCCGGCGGUGGUCGGAACCGUGUUUGGGACCGAGGGGCUACCACACAGGACCUGACAGCACGACCACGCAAGCGAACAACAAUGGGCAAAAUAUUCAAUGUAUUCCUUGCGGCCUUCGCCGCAACAGGGUCGUUCCUGUUCGGAUACGACUCCGGUGUGAUGACCGAUGUCAUUGCAUCACCCAACUUCCUCGCGUUCUUCAACACAGACACGGGAAGCCCCAUCAUUGGGGCCAUCAACAGCACCUUCUCCGGCGGCGCCGUUUUUGGCUCCUUGAUGGGCGGUCUCACGAUGGACAGGUUUGGGCGCCGGAAGACAAUCAUGAUCGGCGCCACGAUCGCCCUCGUCGGUUCCAUUCUGCAGUCUGCCGCCCACAACCUCGCCAUGAUCCUCGUUGGCCGCAUCAUUGCGGGCUGGGCGGUCGGGCUGCUGAGCAUGUCGGUGCCCGUCUACCAGUCUGAGUGCGCUCACCCCAAGAUCCGUGGCCUGAUUGUCGGCCUUUCGCAGCAGAUGAUCGGUGUUGGGUUCAUCGUCUCGACGUGGGUGGGAUACGGGUCUGCUCAAGCACAUGGCGACCUCGGCCAGUUCCAGUGGCGGUUCCCCCUCGCCUUCCAGGCCCUCCCUGCCCUCCUUCUCGUAUGCGGCAUCAUGUUCUUCCCGGAGUCUCCGCGGCACCUGAUAGAGAAAGACCGAGAGGAAGAGGCGAUGCGGGUCCUCCGGAAGCUCCACUUUAACGGCACCAACGAGGAUUGGAUCCGGCAGGAAUUCCAUGAGAUCAAGACCACCAUUGCGGCCGAGAAAGCCAUCACUGCUCCGGGAUGGAGGAUCAUGUUCACAGUGCCCGAGUGGCGGACGCGUCUUAUGCAUGGCGUCGCCGUCCAAGUUUUCACCCAGUUCACCGGCAUCAACGUUAUUGGAUACUAUCAGACACAGAUGUACGACGCUCUUGGCAUUACCGGCAACCGCAACCUGCUCGUCGCGGGUAUCUACAACUGUGUGGGCCCCCUCGCCAACCUGAUCUUUAUCACCUUCCUCAUCGAUCGCGUUGGGCGCCGGCAACCCCUGAUCUGGGGUACCGUCGGGAUUGCCGUCGCGCUCAUCUGCGAGGCAGCCAUCAACAGCAGGAUUGACCCGGCGAAUCCCGCCCACGGGCUCUCCAUUGGCGGUGUCUUCUUUCUGUUCUGCGUCACCGUCAUCUUUUCUCUCUCCUGGGGCCCCAUCUCUUGGGUCUACAUGUCCGAAGUCAUGCCCAUGCAGAUCCGAGCUCGUGGCAAUGCCUUUGCCACCGGCAUUGGCAACUGGCUCGUGUCGACAUUUUGGUCGCAGGUAUCUCCUAUUGCUCUCAAACAACUCUCUUGGAAGUUUUACUUCCUGUUCGUCGCAUGGGACAUUGUGGUCACCAUCCCCACCGUUUUCUUUGUCUUCAAGGAGACGAAGCAAUUGUCGCUGGAGGAGAUUGAUCUCCUGUUUGGCGAGCGGUCGCUGGGUACCUUGCCCAAGGACCUCAACAAAGGCGAGCUGGCUCAACCAGAGCAGGACGAGGGUGAGAAGGCGGCUUGAACAAGUGAGCAUUUGGAGACGAGCAGAACCUGGAACUGUCUGGUGCUGGGCCCUCGAGCCUUGAGCUCCGGGCCGUAUUCAGAUAGUCACACCGUAGGGGAAUGAUCCAGUACCAACUUGCUUGGUGCCUAAUUAUGUUGGGCUCGCUAGCAGCUGAGUGGAACUUUCU